AUGAGUAGUGUCAUAAAUAACAUACUUUCAUUAAUUUUAACUGUGGAAUUCAUAACUGGAAUUUUAGGAAAUGGUUUCAUAGCGCUGGUGAACUGUGUUGACUGGGCCAAGAGAAGAAAGAUCGCUUUGGCUGAUCAAAUCCUCACUGCUUUGGCAAUCUCCAGAACUGGUCUGCUCUGGUUACUGUCGUUAAGUUGGUAUGUAUCUAACUAUUAUCCAACUUUAUUUAGCACUGAAAAAACGUACAGAACAGUUGCUUUUUCUUGGGUAGUAGCCAAUCAUUUUAGCAUCUGGUUUGCUACAAACCUCAGCGUCUUUUAUUUUCUCAGGAUAACCCAUUUUUCCAACUCAGUUUUUCUCUACCUAAAGGGGAGAGUUAAAAAGGUGAUGUCAGUGAUGUUUCUGGUGACCACGGUCAUCUUGUUUUUUAAUAUUACACUGGUUAACGUCCACAUUAAUGCCUGGAUCAAUGGAUGUAAAAGAAACAUGACUUGCUUUUCCGAUUUGAAUAAGUUAGUAAGAUUUUCUAGUCAUGUUUUAGUCACCAACACUAUGUUUACUUUCAUACCCUUUACUUUGUCCCUGACAACUUUUAUCCUGAUAAUCUUCUCCCUGUGGAAACACGUUAAGAGGAUGCAACGUGGGGCCAAAACUUUCGGAGAUGCCAACAUCAUGGUCCACAUUAAAGCUAUGCAAGCUGUGAUCGCCUUCCUUCUACUGUACACCAUUUUUAUGCUGUCUUAUUUCCUACCACUUUGGCGCUCUCACGGGCAGAAGGAAAAUAUAUUCAACAAGUUUUGCUACACUCUUGGAAUUGUUUAUCCUUCAGGCCACUCAUGUCUCCUGAUUCUGCAAAACAGUAAGCUGAGACAGGCUUCUCUUUCGGUGCUCUGGUGGCUGAGGUGCAGGUCCAAAGAUGGGGAGCCCUCAGGCCAUCUGCCAUUUAGGGAAUCCUCUUGA